AUGACUAAAGAAGAAGACUUUAAGCUCCUCAAGAUCCAGACUUGUGUUCUCAAAGUGAACAUACAUUGUGAUGGGUGUAAGCAGAAAGUGAAGAAACUCCUUCAGAGAAUUGAAGGUGUUUACCAAGUAAAUAUCGAUGCUGAUCAGCAGAAAGUUACGGUUUCUGGAAAUGUCGAUUCUGCCACUUUGAUCAAGAAACUGACCAGAGCUGGCAAACAUGCUGAGCUUUGGUCCCAGAAAUCCAAUCAAAGCCAGAAGCAAAAGAACAACUGCAUCAAAGAUGACAAGAGCAACAAGGGUCAAAGACAGGGCAUUAUCAAGAACCUUGAAGCUUUCAAAAACCAGCACAAGUUUCCUUCCUUCAGUUCUGAAGGAGAUGAUGAAUACUGUGAUGAUGACGAAGAAGAAGAGGACGAGUUUCGGCUUCUUAGGGAGAAAGUUAAUCAGUUGGGUAUGCUCAGGCAACAAGCAAUUGAUGCAAACAAUGGAAAGAAAGUUGCUGGAGUCAUUAAUGCUGCGGCUGCCAACAAUGUUGGAAAUGUAAAUGCUGGAAAGCAAGGGCACCCAAAUCAGAACAUGGGUAUGAAGCCAAAUCCAGGUGGGAUUGAUCCAAAAACAAUGGCUGCUCUGAAGAUGAGCAAUGCCCAUUUAGGUGGUGGAAACAUCAAUGCAGGGGAAGGCAAAAGGGGGAACAUAAAUGACCUGAGUACCAUGAUGAAUUUGGCUGGUUUCCAUGGAAAUGGUGCUAAUGUUGCUCCUAAUGCUACUGCUGCCUUGGGGCCCAACCCCAAUGGUCUGGGAGGGUUUCAAGCUCCAGCAAACAGUGGGUACAGCCAUCAUCAGGCAAAUGCAGAGUUUCCAAAUGGUGCUGGUUAUUCUACAGGGCAAUAUCCAGCAUCUAUGCUGAUGAACUCAAAUGGUUUCAGCCAUCCAUCCCAGAUGAUGAACAUGAACAUGAACAUGCAGGCCAGGCAAGCUAUGCAGCAACAGCAGCCCCAGAUGAUGUAUCACAGGUCCCCAUUUGUUCCUCCUAGUACUGGCUAUUGCUAUAAUUACAGCCCUAGCCCUGCCCCAUACCCUUACAGUGCUGAACCUAAUUACAGUGGUAACAACACUGCAGCCCAUAUGUUCAGUGACGAGAACACAAGCAGCUGCUCAAUUAUGUAA